CGCAGAGCGCAGGCGCCGCUCUUCCUCUUAUCUGUGAGCGUAGUGUCAGCUUCAGUGAGUGGAACUAUGGACAACCAGAGAAUAUGUGCCCUGCUGUGAACACACUUAAACAAAUGAUUCAGUCAAGGAUGGAGUACAAGAAUGAAAAUGCUGGUAUAGAACUGCUUCUUGCUCACAUGAACAUUGAAGACUUCAUUCAAGAGGCAGAUAAUUUUUACUGUGUGUGCGAGGAGGUUGAAUCAGAGGUGUCAUUUGAAGAAAGUUUCUCUGAAGACGACAUGGAUGAGAAUGAGCAGACAUCUGAGACGGUGGCAUCACAUGAUUUGAUCUCACGGAUGAAAAAUCACGGAAAGGUCCGUUAUGGGACACCAUCUGACCUAUUGGACUUUGUGAAUAUGGUCUCAAAUGCACCAUCCUCCUCUCUCUUAGAGGUGGGUAAAGAAAUGGGUGUCCUGCUGAACAAGACAGACAUGGUCAUCAAGGAAGGGCAUUAUCGCAUUGACUUGGAUGUUCUUCUGUUUCCAUGGAAACUGACCUAUAAGCCCCCCGGCCCUGGACAUGUUCCCAAAGGCUCAUUUGGGAAGGUCCAUCUGGCCCAGGACAUUAAAACUCGAAAGCGAAUGGCAUGCAAACUGAUUCCUGUAGAGCAUUUCAAGCCUGCAGAUGUGGAAAUCCAAGCCCGGUUCCGGCAUGAGAAUAUAGCAGAGCUCUAUGGGGCACUGCUGUGGGAGCAGACUGUGCACUUGUUCAUGGAAGCAGGGGAAGGUGGCUCAGUUCUGGAGAAGCUGGAGAGCUGCGGCCCAAUGAGAGAGUUUGAGAUCAUCUGGGUCACUCAGCAGGUUCUACGUGGCUUGGAAUACUUGCAUUCUCACAACAUCAUACACCACGACAUCAAACCCAGUAAUAUUGUCCUGAUGUCCGCCAAAGCUGUGCUGGUGGAUUUUGGGCUUACAGUUCAGAUGAAGGAUGACAUAUAUGUUCCCAGGGACCUGCGUGGCACUGAGAUGUAUAUGAGUCCAGAGUUGGUUCUGUGUCGAGGCCACAACACAAAGACUGACAUCUACAGUCUGGGAACCACAAUCAUACACAUGCUGAGUGGCAGCCCUCCGUGGGUUAGGAGGUACCCCCGAACAGCCUACCCCUCAUACCUCUAUAUAAUCCAUAAACAGGCCCCUCCUCUAGAAGACAUUCCAGGAAGCUGUAGCCUUGCAAUGCGCAGGCUCCUGGAGCAUGCACUUGACAGGGUCCCAGCACGAAGGAGCUCUGCCAAAGAAUUACUCAAUGAGGAGGCCCUCCAUCCAUCUCGGGACGAUCAGCCACGUUGUUGGAGUCUGGACUCUGCGCUGGAGGAUGGCACACACCCACUGUUGCGACAGCAGAGUCAGCUUUCAGACAGCACCCAAGACUCUUCCCUGUACACGGAGGACUCUGGGCACUGUAAAAAGAAAGGAUCCCUCUAUAUUGAUCUGGGUGCCCUGGCUGGUUACUACAGCAUGGUGAGGGGGCCACCAACCAAUGAAUAUGGCUAAUUCAGAUCUGAUAAACCUUGGUGGAUUUUCAUACAAGGACCAGUGGGGUAUUUUGUAUAGUUUACAUUCAUAUAAAUCCUAUCAAAAUCCAUAGAUGAAUCAGAUCAGUGGAUCAAGUCUGUAUAAUUGGUGGCACUGAGGGACAAUGAGCUGUGCAAUUAGAGCUGGUCAUCAACUGUUUGUGAGGUGAUAUCUUGUUUACCCAGUUUAAUUUCUGUGCUUUGAGAGCAUGAAAAUAUAAUGACAGCAUACUGUUUAGUAAAUACUAACUAAAACAAAAUAUGUAGUUUCUUUGUUUUUAAGACCUAACUUAAAUUGUAAAUCUGUAGCAGUGCUAUAAGUGAAUGCUUUAUGUUUUCCGUAUUUUAUAUCAUUUACUUAAAGGGGCAGGCCUUAUUGAGAGUAAAUCUGUGAUUUAAAAUAUGCCAAAAUGUUCAUGCAAAAGAUUAUCAUUAUUAUUAUACUAGAUUAUUGCUGCAAAUAGCUGUUUUUUUUUUGUUUUGUUUUGUUUUUAACAUAGCAGUGCUAUGUUAAAUACUGUAUAUGUGUCUACUCCAAUUAAUUACAAAGACAGCUGUAUCUAAAGGGGUGUGCUUUCUGACUUACAUUUGUAGGGUUUGUGUGUGUGUGUGUGUGUGUUUGGGUGGUUUACGAGGACAUUUUUUUAAGGUUACAAACUGGUAAUUUCAAGGGUAUUUUGCUAUAAAUGUGGUUUAUGAGGACAUUUUUAGUGUCCUCAUAAUUCAAAUCACUUAAAAAACAUACUAAACGAUGUUUUUUUGAAAAUGUAAAAAUGCAGAAAGUUAGGUUUAGGGGUAGGGUUAGGGGAUAGAAUCUAUAGUUAGUACAGUAUAAAAAUAAUUCUGUCUAUGGAGAGUUCUCAUAGGGAUAGCCACACCAAUGUGUGUGUGUGUGUGUGUGGUGUGUGUGUGUGUGUGUGAAAUAUUAAUCAAAAUAUCUGCAAGUAUAUCAAUCUAAAUCUUGGCUGUCACAUACUGUAUAUGUACGAACAAUGUCUGAACACACUUCAUAUGUGUUAUGAAUUAUAGCCUGAGUAAUUGGAAUAUUGUACGGUUAGCUGACUCAGAUUCCAUGUUAGUAUGUUAGUUUAUCAACUAAUUUUAGUAAAUAGUUUCGCUUUAAUAUAUGUUUUGCAAAUUCAGUGUGAGUACCUUGGGUCUUUAAAUAUCUUUAUUUGAGAUACCUGGUCAACACCACAACCCUUGUCAAGAUAAGAGAUGCCAAAAAGCACACUACAGCAAAGACUUUAAAGGAAGUGUUCAAAUUAAAUGAUUUUUCAGAUGAUACUGAAAAAACACCUCAGGUUUUUAUUCCCAUGGAAUGUGGUUUUGUUGAGUAGUUGCAAUGCAAACAUGCAUAUGAAUAUUUGACUUGGCACCGAAGAUGCUUGUGUUUUUACUCUUGUGUGUUUCAAGUUGGCUAGUGUUUCUCUGUACUGCAGUUUUGAUGUCUAUAGAUAUAUAUAUAUGAAAGAACUAAUUCUGUCUGCCCAUUCCUUUGUAUGACCCCCUGAAUAAAAUACUCCACUUAUUAGCUUACUAGCAUGCAUAAAUAAUUGAUUGUUGUAAUCUGUGUCAUUUUUAACCUUUUAUUAAAUUGAUACUUUGGAGAAAUAUGUUAUGUCAUUAUGCUGUCAAUUGAGCUUUUAUGAUUCUUUUGCCAAAUAUUACAAUAUAUAUUUAAAGGUUAUCAUUCCAGAUAAACAAGGUAAAAUGACAUUAUGGCUGGUUUAAGCAACAAACAUUUCUUCAGAAAAGUCAGUCAUUCUGGAAAGACCAUAAAAAGCACCUGUAAAAACUGAUAGUAUCACCAAUGACCAAGGUUGCUCUCUGUUUGUUCUUGGGGAAAGUUAUAAAAUAAAUAAAUGGAAUAAAAAUGA